UGAAAGCAAACCGCACGGGUCGCGGUAGAAGUGGCCGCUCGGAAACCACUGUGUCUUGAGUUUUGUGCCUGUCCUCUUCACCGGCCGAUAUACACCGGAUCCGUUCCGCUGCACGUUCAUCGGGAAAAUUUGUUUUGCUCAUCGAAUUUCAGUGUGACUGUGGCGACAUAAAUAACUAACCGAAUAACUACAGGAACAAGUGGUGGGGCGAUGUGGCCCGAAGUUCUCCGAUGACCAUCCCCAUGUUAAUCAUCAGCCUUCGCAGGGCGCUUUCGUAUUGGCCUUUGUGUUCGGAAAUGGCUAAAUGGAGCUCACUCCAGUAUCCAGCUGCAGCGUGACUUCAACACAAGAGCAGUUUACUGUCCCAGUAGAAGACGGAGCUGAGCUUCCACGAUCCACUCGUUCCUGGAGCUUAAGGAGAGCUCUCCUUUGGUUGACUCUUGUGAUUUUGGUCGCAACGUGCUGUAAUGCUCUCAUUCCGGUCAUUCGCGGAGGACCUCUGAAACAGGCUGAACACGAGACGGCUUCCGAGUUUCAAAGUCUCCUUUCCAAAGAUUGGCCCCCGAUGGACGUGAAGCAAGAUCUGGACAGCGUGAAUCAUCGAGUGAUCCCCCUGGUGUUACCGACUCAACCGGUGCAGCACCGAAUGGCGUCCGACGUUCCGGUGAAACGCUCGCAGAAAAACUCGAGGAAACUCCCGAGACGCACCAAAAAACAUCGCCACGAGUCGACAACGUUCUCGAGUUCGACAACACCGGCGUCCUCGAUGACAUCAAGCAUGGGUCCAACAACGUCAUCGGCAGCGCUGUCGGCAUCGAUACCAACAAUAUCACCAGCUACGGCAGCGGCAUCAACCACGACGACGACGCCGACUACCCCCACGAUAUUCUCGUUGGAGACCGCGUCAUCGACAAGCACGACCUCAACAACGACGUCGACAACGACGGCACGGCCCCAGCCGCCGCCACCACGAAAUCCAGCGAUAUUGGGUCGGGCCCGAACGCCGGAACGGAACCGACUAAAUCACUCGAAGCGAAAUUUAAUAAAACUCAGGAGCCAAUGCUUCCCCGGUUUCAUCACCAUCGGAACAACAGGGGUUUCCUCGAACGAGUUCGACAAGAGCACCGAAUCAGAAGCGUUCCUGGAGAUAAUUUCGCUCAACUCAACGAAUGGGAACAAGACGGUGGUCGCCCUGCGCGGUGACAAGUCAGGGCACUACUUGUGUCUGCAGAGGCGGAGAGGCUUCGUUUCGAGAAAACUGCGCCCGAACUCGAUUCCACGCGAGUGUCGGUUCAUCGAAAAGCAUCAAAGCGGUAAAUACGUGCGCUACGUCUCGUUCAAAGGCCCGAGGCGGUUCCUCAGCUUCGACGAAAAUGGGAAAGCCGUCCCGUGGAGGAACCAUAAAAGGCACCGACUUCAUUCGAAGAGUUGCACAAAUUUCCUGCGUGUUGCUCCAGCGAAGAGCAGCGACGUGAGGAAAAUCAUCCGCGAGCAUCUAUUGCCCGAGCCAUGA